UAAGGUAUGAUGUUUACUAGUAAACUGAUGCUUAGUUAUUUCAGCAAGUUUAGAUCCAAUCAACAUUAUUGAAGAAGAUGAAAAAAUUUAGUCUACCAAUCAAUCACUACCUUCUAAAUAUAGGCCACUAAUAUACAUAUGUAUAAAUAUGUUCACGUUACUAAUAAAUUAACCGCCUGGAUUCUAUUAUCACAUAUAUAUUCUUCAUAAUGUUAGUAUACAUUUUCUUGUUGUCAUUUGUUACCACUGUAAAAGCAUCAGGAACAAUUCAACAAUGCCAGAGAACUGUGUACGCCAUAGCCACUUUCAAUGGAACAAAAUAUGCUGGAAGUGUAUACUUCACAAGACAAGGCCCAGAGAUGCAUAUAACAGGAUCUGUGUCAGGUCUGCCGAACAAUAAAAAAUUAGGCGUGCAUAUACAUGAAUAUGGAACAACCGGUAAUAAUUGUUUGGAUGCUGGGCCACAUUUCAAUCCUUUCGACAGUAAUCAUGGUGGAUUAACAGGCUCCCCUCGACAUCCUGGUGAUCUUGGAAAUCUUCAAGUAGAUGACAAGGGAGUUAUGCAUUUCGAUCUCAAGGUAGAUAUCUCUGCUUUGUAUCAUUAUGAUGGAUUUCUUGGAAGAGCGAUCGUUAUUCAUGCAAAAGAAGACAACUUGGGAUUGAAGGACAAUGAAGAAAGUCGUACAACAGGAAAUUCUGGUCGGCGUUUAACAUGUGCUGUAAUUGGUAUAUGGAAGCCUUAGAUUACACUGGUAGAAUGCAUAAUCCGAGAAAAGGAGAUAAACUUAUGUUUCACAUACGAGUAUAACACAUUAGACUUUAUAUACAGUGUAAUUCUUUGAUUUUUUAGUAUAUAUUUUUGUAGAUCAUUUAAAUGUUCAGAGUGAUUAUGUAUUUACAUAUCCUUAAUAUUGUAAAACUAAAAUCUUAAUUUUAUCAGAAUUGAUUUUUGUAAUGAAUACCUUUUCGUCUUCUUCUCGCCUUCUUCUAUCAAUAUCUUAGUCAAAUUCUCUUGAAAGCUACAUAAAGAAGUGUUACACAGAUAGGAUAUUUAGCAGGCUGGAAUAUACUAUUUUUAUUUUAUUUGUGACCUUCAUGUGGACAAUACAUUCGUUAUUCGGUUCUACAGAUACGAAGA